GCUAUGGUGACGAUUCGGACGUUGAACGCGAGAUUUCACGAGUUCACGUUCGCCUCAUUCCAUCCGUCAUCAAACAAUCAUGGCGGACUACCGAGAGGCGCCCUUGGCUAGUCGGCCCAAAACACUGGACCCAAAUGAGUAUUUCAACCUUUCGCCGAAUCACCGGCGUUCCGAAGAACAGAGGGCAGCACUACGAGCAAAUCUAAAGAGGCAGUAUCAGACGCAACUCAAUAACCCUCACAGAAAAGAGCUCAUUGAAGACCCUGCCUUGACACGCUGGGUGUAUGCACGCGCUAACCCCUACUUAACCUUCAAGCCCACUUUCAAGACAUCUCUGAUGGGUGCCAUGUUUGGAGUUGUGCCCCUCUUCGUCCUUUACUACGUCUUCAAGACAGACAGGGAUAGGAAGGAAGAGCAGAUUAAGGCUGGAACCCUCGAGCGCAAGUUCAGUUUGUCAUCAUGAUGCGCAGGUGUCUAAAGACCUCCUUUAUGUUCUAGUGCUGCCAUUGCGUGUGUAAUUAUAAUUAACCAAAUAAAAUUAUAUUGUCAAAAAC